AUGAUACCAAACGAUUUCUUUUCUUUUGAUCCAACAUGCAUACCAACAGGAACAAAUGAAUUCGUCGUUAAAUCGUAUACAAAAUACAAUGACUCAGAAUCACCAUCAGACGCAAAUUCUAUACCAUCCAUCCAUUCAACUUCAAUUAAAUUACCCAGGCCUAUCAAUCCCGCACUCGAAUCCAAUAUAGGAUUUUAUCGGAACCGAAACAUGAAUUUUCCGGAUUUUCUAAGGGUCAUCAUAGAUAACAACUCCAAUGAAUCAACGGAAAUAUUCAUUGGAUCAUGCGAUUUUAUCUCAACAUCUUCGGUAUUACUGGAUUCACAAGAUCCUAAUUCUGAUGCAGAUUUAUCUCCUUCAAUUGGAAAUUUCGAUGCUGCCACACUCUCCCUUGCUUCCGACGAUGAAGAUGCUGAUUUCUGUCGUGAUCGAGAUGACGAGGAAGCUGGUCGAGGCAAUGAUUUAUCUUCUAAUGUUUAA